CACAGUGUCCAGUGGGAACAUAUCUUGUUGACUUCGAGUGUAUAAAUUGCGAAAUUGGAUCGUAUCAACCUUUGACUGGACAGACUGAGUGCUUUUCUUGUCCAUCCGGGAAUACCACAGCCACAUUUGGAUCUUCGGAUAUAUCUGAAUGUUCUGUGAAAAUAUCAAAUGAAACGGAUUCUCAUCAUGAUGAUGACAGUGAUGACGACAAAAAACAAGUCGACACGGACAAUUACACAACUGUUACUAUUAUUGUCGUCACCUGUGUAGUUGUUGUUUUAGUAGUACUUAUCGUGGGCAGCUCUUGUCUGAGGAAACACCUUAAAAAGAACGAUCGAGCAAUUACUGUUCUUGUUGAAGGUGCUGGAGACUACACAGACACACAAGCUGAUCCUUGUCGAUCUCCAUACAACACAGAUAUGCUUACAAUAGACCAGGCCGACUUGUUAUCAUUACAGGUAACACAAUCUGAAGCAAAUAGUCGUUCUUUUGGAUCACAGACAUUACCAGUUGUGGUAACUAAAACAGUUCAAGAGAUUUAA